AUGGCAGAUGCGACGCCUGGCGUGAGGGCCCGGGGCGCCACAAUCCUCGCCAGGCGUCAGGGAGACGUCCGCUCGCCGGUCUCUGCGCGGGGCCCGUCGUGGGCCUGGGCCCACGCCGCAGCGCUGGGGGGAGAGUGGCGUCAGGAGCUCAACCUGGCCUCGAACGAGAUCGGCAGCCUGGACAGCCUGCCCGCGCUCGAGCUCUUCCGGUCGCUGCGGGUCCUGUGCGUGGACGAGAACCCUUGCGCCAGAGGACCCGUGGCGCUUCCACCGAGCUUGAGGGGGCUCACUGUCAAGUCCCACGCGAGUGCGCCGUGGUACCUCCAGCGGGGGAAUCCCGUGGCGAAGCUUGGGAAGGCGAAGAGCAAGGGUCCGAAGGACACGCUCAGCAGGCACACCUUGAAGAAGGUCCGCGACGACACGGACCUCAAGGCGGGCACCCGGAGGCGGGGCGUGGGGCAGCUCGCGGUGCUCGACGCGGAGGAGAACGAGCUCGUCGUGGCGGAGUUGGCCAGCGGUUGGCGGAGGUCCCUCGGGGCUGCCGGGCACGAGGCCCCGCUCACGCUCGCGUGCCCCCCUGCGUCGGAGGGCAUCUUCAGCGAGGACCUGUCCGACGAGGAGCUCGACCGCAUCUUCCGGGAGCGGCGCGAAAACAUCGACAGGAAGUUCAGGGAGCCCGAUCCAGAGGUCGAGUCCUUCAUGAAGCCCCUGCCGUUCGUCGCCAUCUCCGCAGCCGGGCAGAAGCUCGGCUUCGGCCCCCCGCAGGAGGAGCAGCCCGCCCCGGUCCCGGGCAGCCUGCCGCACAGGCCCUCGUCGUCGUCCUUCUUCCUCACUGGCGUGGGAGGAGACGAGGCCGGCGACGCCAGCCACCGCACUGGCGGGCGCGCGCGGUCCCUGCAGCAGCCUUCGCCGGCCCCGUCGCCCAGCCCGCGUACCCCGGCGACGCCCGUGGGCGUCACGCUGCCGCCCAUCGAGGCCGGCUCGCGCGGCUCCAGCGCCGGCGGCGUGGGGAUGGAUGCGGGCUUCAGGAAGCCGAACGUCGUGGACGCGGGGGUGCGCGAGGCGAUCCGGGCCUUGCGCGCCGCGUCGAUGUCGGAGUACGCCGUGGCGGUGUGAGGGCUGUGCGGCGCUGGUAUUUCCAGGGUGCGGGGGCGGCGAUCGAGCGAGAGCGGAGAGGGUCGGCUGCCCGCACGAA